CUCCGACACUAACUAUCCAGGGUUUGUUGAGCUGAUGAUGCUCUGGACGAGGACGUGCUCGGCUCUUGAGACGACAUAAGGUCGGGAACGCAGUCAGACACGAAUUCGCACGGUUCUUCGUGCCAUUGGCAUCCGCCAGAACCAAGGCGCGGGCUGAGGUCUUGGCCUUCUAUCGUCCCAGAGGCCAGCAGCCCACCUUCAAGGCACUUCAUGCUCGCUCAUCGCAUAGUGCUCAAAAGAGGACCGUCUAUAUGGCAUCGUAGGCUGUUGUCAAUCUUCCGUAGACCGACAAUGCGGGAAUGUGUUACGAAUGUGAAACAACAAGACUCAGGCGAAGGCGGCGUGAACGCCUUUGUCGCAUUCAACCAAGCGCCGACUGGUGUUGAAUCAGCCCCAGGCCGACUCGCCAACUGUGCUAUAGCCGUGAAGGAUAAUAUCUGCACCUCCGAGUUCCCGACGACCAGCUCUUCUCUCAUCCUUCAAGAUUUCCAACCCUCUUACGAUGCUACUGUCGUUCGCCUACUGAAGGAAGAAGGCGCAACUAUCAUCGGAAAAACCAAUUGUGACGAGUUUGGGAUGGGAUCAAUGAACACCUACACCUACCAUGGUCCCGUCCUAAACCCGUUUCAGACCCCUUCCCCGAUGAUCCCCUGGCGUCAUCGCGAGCAGAGGUCAGCGGGCGGAAGCUCCGGAGGAAGCGCGGCAGCUGUUGCUGCCUAUAUGUGCUAUGCGGCACUUUCAACCGAUACUGGCGGGUCUACUCGUCUUCCAGCAUCGUAUUGUGGGAUUGUUGGCUUCAAGCCAUCUUAUGGGCUUAUCAGCCGAUGGGGCGUGAUUUCAUUUGCUGACAGCCUGGACUGUGUGGGCAUCAUGGCUGCAGGUGUUUCUCAAGUGCAUUCCCUAUUUCGUGUUCUGGAAAAGUACGAUAUAAACGACCCUACAAGCAUUCCUAAUGAACUACGCGACGAAGCGAGAUCAGCAAUUCAAAGUAACCUUCCAAACGACUUGAAAAAUAUUGUCAUUGGUAUUCCUGAAGAGUAUUUUCCGGCCGAGCUGAACCCAAGCAUCUCGGAUUUAUUUCUAUCGACCAUCUCUAAGCUCCGAAACCUCGGCGCAAUCAUUGUCCCCAUUUCACUCCCAAACACCAAAUAUGCAUUGAGUGCAUAUUAUGUUCUCGCAAGCUCAGAGGCUGGCAGUAACUUGGCCAGAUAUGAUGGGAUUCGAUAUGGCUUCAGAUCAGGAACCAGGUCCCCUGUUACCACCAGUGCAAAUGUGUACGCAUCCACUCGUACCAAAGGCUUUGGCGAAGAAGUGCAACGGCGUAUCUUAUUGGGGACCUACGCACUGACUUCCGAGGCGUUCGAUAACUAUUUUCUUCAAGCCCAACGUGUUCGGCUCCUCGUCCGAUCGGACUUUGAUCGUGUGUUCAGAAUCCCUAACGUGCUUUCCUCUACUCCGAACAAUCCUUCAGCCGCUCGCAGGGUAGACGUGAUAAUGCAUCCUUCCGCGAUACGCACAGCGCCGCUGGUCCAACGUCAGAAGGAGAAUAGUGAACUGGAUCCGUACGUGCAGGAUGUGCUCACUGUGCCAGCUUCACUAGCCGGAGUGCCCGCUUUAAGUGUUCCGAUGGGGAUGUCGCGUGAUGACGGUUGGCCGGUUGGGUUAAGCAUUGUAGGUCAAUGGGGAACGGACGAACUGGUUAUGGCGAUUGGUCAAUUAACCGAAAGGGCCUUGGGAGGAUUUCUCAAAUAAUCUAGUGGCAAUAAAAUCUAACACGUAUUGUACACAGAAGAAUGAUCGCAGCUGGUAGUGUCAAGAAAGUGCAAGAAUUGUUCAAGUAAAAUGCUAGUUUUGUAUUGAGCGUCCUAAACAACUCAGGCGAUCAGGACCAUUUCCCUAGUGCGAUCCUUGGCAUAUUCAUUCUUGUAAGUCUCCCA